GAACCAAAAGUCAAUUAUUGAAAAAUGUCAAUGGCCCGACCCGAUUGAAAAUACCCGCACCGACAAGUUCACGAUAAAGACCCAAGUGGCUCUGGUGGCACAGUGUUCUAUGAGGAUUUCAAUGAACCAGAAAGCCUGACACGAGGAAGCGCGCUGACGUUAUCCUUUGCUUGUAUUAUAUACAUCGUCGUUAAAGAAUCAAUCAUCCGUAGCAGAAAGUUGAAAGCUUUGGACCUCUUCUCUCUCUCACUGCUGUUUGCAGUUGGAGUCUUGCUCUGUUUACUUGAGCUUGAGGAUUUGAUCAGCCGCUUCUCUUGAACUUAAUACACACGCUCGGCACGCACAAUCUUCCAUGGCUGCAUUUGCAACAGCAGAAGCGUGUGACAGCAACGCAGAACUAAUAUCAAACGGAGACCUACGCGCUCUCCACCCAAUCUUCAAGAUGUAUGGCCAAAGAAGAUGCUUCUCAGGACCAAUCGUGACACUCAAGGUCUUUGAAGACAAUGUCCUGGUCAGAAACCAACUAGAGACCAAAGGAGAAGGUGGAGUCUUGGUUAUAGACGGUGGUGGAAGCAUGAGAUGCGCGCUUGUUGGAGGAAACCUCGGGCAGUUAGCUCAGAACAACGGGUGGGCAGGGAUUGUGGUGAAUGGAUGCGUUAGAGAUGUGGAUGAGAUCAAUGACUGCGAUGUCGGGGUUAGGGCAUUGGGCUCUAACCCACUCAAGUCUAGUAAGAAAGGUCAUGGUGAGAAGAAUGUGCCGGUUUAUAUUGGAGGAACUUUGAUUAGAGAUGGAGAGUGGCUUUAUGCUGAUAGUGAUGGUGUCUUGAUCUCCAGGACCGAACUCUCCGUUUGAUUCAGAAUGAUUUCAUGAGUGGUAAAAGGGAGACUAGUCUACUGCUGUUUCUUGGAGCAAGCUGGCUUUAUUUCGAAUUCUUAAUAAUUGGUUUGGUAUUCACAUGAAAUCGUUUAAGCGAUUUGGGUACUCUAUCAUAAUAAAAAAAAACAAAAAUGUUAAUCAUCUAUUUUAUUAUAGACGAGCUAAAUAAUUUUUUUUGUUUGGAUGCUCCUCUGUUUUUUUAUUUCUUUAAUUUUGAAAAGAGGGGAUUCAUGUGGUGGA